CAGAUGAAUGUUAAGAGUUUGUGAGGCCAUUCAGUAUUCUAACAGCAGUAGGGUAGAAACUGUUGCGAAACCGGCUGGAUAUCUUGGAUACGCGUUGGGAUUGUUUGCUGGAUAGAGUCAAACUCAAUUUUGUUUCUUCAUGUGCUACUGUACAGAACUAAACUGCUUUAGUGAUUAUGUACGUACACAAAGAUUUUUUUUAUGAAUAAAGUAUAAGUUAAAUUGAAAUUAUAAAGUAUCAACACGGACAAUUGCUGAAGUCUCUGGAGUAAUUCUUGGAUCCCUGCAAUUCUGACACAGGCGUGAGCACUUCCAACUGCGCCAAGGUUGACAAUGAAAUUUAAAAACAAAUAUAUCUGAACACUUACACUUCUGUAAUCACCGAAUGAAUCUUCAAGACAAUUACAUAAUGAAUCUUCGUUACAGCCAGGGAAAUGAAUGUAAAUCCAAUCUAAAAUUUUAGCUCCAAAGUUUUGUUUGUCUAACACCAGUUGAAAUGAACUUGAGCAGGCUCCCUCCAAUUCCUGUUUCACAUGGGUAUACUGUGUAAAAAAUUCGAUAAGUGUAAAAUUGAGUCACUGGGCAAGUCUUCUAAGAUCGAAAAUGAGACGGAAAAAGAAAUUACAUUGCAUUUAAUCGUACUGUCGACAGUUUCAUUGCGCAUUGUUUGAAAUUGGAUGGUUGAAAUUGUUUUUCUGCCCCAGACUUCAGAUUAAAGGAAUGGUCUUACCUAUCUGCACUAAAACUUUGACGAAACCUAAGAAGGCAGCUGUUGCCUAAAAUGCUGUCAGAUCAAACUGAAUAGGAUUUAAUUAAUCGUGCUCAUAUUUCUUUGCAGUAGUCCUGCAUUUAAACGUUCGCUCACCAUGCAAAUACAAGUGAAGUUUAAAACAAUAUCAGAAGAAACGAAUAAAUUCAGUCCAAUCAAACUCCAGGAAUUUCAUUGAACGUCUCUCCUUGUUCCUGAGAAGGAUGCAAACUUGACACGUGGACUGUUUGCAGCCGGUGCACCAUAAAGACAGAAAUAAUGAGUAAAUGGCUGGAACACCCGCUUUCGUAUUGAAGUGGUUGUAAAAAUUUAUUAUAUUUGAAGGUGUUAAGUGUCUUGGUGUGUUAUUACAGACUUUGCACCAUUGCACGGCUGGACCGCUCCUGUGAAGCCGGUUGCUGAAAUGCCACGCAGGCAGCCAAGGGCUGAGUGUGAGAGACACCGGGAAGCAGAAAGGGGCACCGCCACAUCAUUGCUCGUGUGAAAAGACAGGAAAGGAGGGAGCCAGCCUGUACUAAGGUCAACAACAAAUGGUCAAUAAAAUGAGAAAGCUCUUUCGAGGCAGCGGUAGGAUCCUAGCGAUUAUUUUUGCCGCCUCGAUUAUCUGGUUGAUCUUCGACAUGGCAGCGCUGCGGUUCUCCUUCACCGAGAUCAACAGCAGAGUUUCCAGAGAAGAGCUGGUGCGGCUGGAGCGGCUGAGGGCGAAGGUGCUGCAAGACCAGGAGCUACACAAGAUGUUCAGGAAACGGGCCGGAGGCGCUUACGGCUUUGCCGGGGAGGGGGACUCCGGGCGGCGGGCUCGCCACGGGAACCGCUCCGCUCCAGCCGAAGGUCCUGCUACUGAAGGGCUGCACGCGGCCGACGGGCGGCUGGUUGAGGUGAGGUCGGCAAAACAUCGCGUGGGACUGGGCACGCGCCCCCCGAUCAACGGCCGCGCCUUCUCUCUGCCCCCCGGAACAUUCUGGAACCGGCCAACGGCUCCCCAGUCUCGUGGAGGUGGCGGCCGCCUCCACACGCCUGCAUGGCGGCCCCGGCCGGCACUCGGAGCUUCUCACCCCGCCCCAUUACCUGAGAAGGUGCCCGAGGUUCGGAGGCCCGACCUCCGAACACCCUCUCAGCCCCCGAGAGCGGGGAAAGUCAUGGCUCAACCGGCGACUCCCGCUGGUCGAGAGUCGCAGCAUCAGCCCGAUCAGCGGGGAAGGUCGGCCAAAGGAAGCCGACUACAAAGCGUGAAGCCGGCGAAGGAAAAGCCCGAUAGCAACCGCGCAGCAGAGGCCACCCCAGGCUCACCACUUCUCCCAGCCCCCUUACCAAAUGAAACAGCAGUAAACUCUGAAAAUACCGCGCUGGGAGAAUGGCCCAAGGUCAAUUCAUCUGUCACGGCAAUCGAACCAAAUAUUGUGGCUGUACUGGUCAACGAUACAGUCAAACAAUCCAAUGGGAAAACAAUAUCCACUUUUAAAGUUUGGAAUGGAACAAAAAAUGAAUCUGCCACUAUUAAUGACAUAAAGGGUCUUCUAUUAAAACAGACUGUUGUAAGCGGUUUAUUAAUGAAUGCCACAAACACACAGACUGAACUUGAAAUUAACGAAACAGUAAUAAACAAUUUAAUUAAAAAUCAGACAUACGCCAUUGAGGAAAGAGAUUUUUCGAAAGAUAUUACGAUGGAAGUAACUCUUAAAAUCAACGAAACAAUUGAGCUACAGAGAGAUAGCAAUAUUCUAAACCAUUCAUUUACUCAUUUAGAUUCUGUCGCCGGAGUGCACAAAGUUUUGGCAAUUGACAUGACUAUAUCCCCUCGUGAUUCCAAAGCCGUCGGUCAGUUUGGGCAUCGAGCAAUUGUGCCAAAAGAACAUGAAAAAUUAGCAAAGGAGAAAUGGAAUGAGGGACAUUUCAACGUGUUUCUCAGUGACAUGAUUCCACUGGACAGGGCUAUUCCGGAUACCAGACCUGAAGGGUGUUCCAACCAAGUAGUUCACAACAACCUUCCAACAACCAGCAUCAUCAUGUGCUUCGUGGAUGAAGUAUGGUCCACGCUUCUGAGGUCAGUUCACAGCAUCUUCAACAGAUCCCCUGUUCAUCUCAUUAAAGAGGUUAUCCUUGUGGAUGACUUUAGCACCAAAGAAUAUCUGAAAGAAAAUUUAGAUAAAUACAUGUCGCAAUUCCCAAAAGUUCGUGUUAUUCACCUACACGAACGUCAUGGUUUAAUACGAGCCAGACUUGCAGGUGCAGCUGUUGCUACAGGUGAUGUGUUAACAUUUUUGGACUCCCAUGUCGAAUGCAAUAUUGGCUGGCUGGAGCCACUUUUAGAAAGAGUCUAUUUAAAGCGAACAAAAGUAGCCUGUCCUGCGAUUGAAAUCAUUAAUAAUGAGGAUAUGAGCUACGUAGGAGUAAGUGGUUUUCUACGGGGAGUAUUUACCUGGCCCAUGAAUUUUGAGUGGAAGGCGAUACCUGAUGAAGUUAUUAAAAAAUAUAAUCUAAAAGAAAUGGACCCAAUUAGAUGUCCAAUAAUGGCAGGAGGAUUAUUUUCAAUUGACAAAAAAUAUUUUUACGAAUUGGGUACUUACGAUGCAGGUUUGGAGGUCUGGGGUGGAGAAAACAUGGAGCUGUCAUUUAAGGUCUGGAUGUGUGGAGGAGAAAUUGAGAUUAUCCCAUGUUCAAGAGUGGGCCAUAUUUUCCGUGAUGGCAAUCCAUACACAUUUCCAAAGGACAGAAUUAAGACAGUAGAGCGGAAUCUGGCCCGUGUAGCAGAGGUUUGGCUGGAUGAAUAUGUUGAUAUUUUCUAUGGUCAUGGUUACCAUCACCUUCUUAACACAAAUAAUAUUGAAUUUAACAUUGGAGACUUAAGAAAGCAAAAGGAACUCCGGAAAAAACUCCAGUGUGAGAGCUUUAAAUGGUACUUAGAAAACGUCUACCCUGAUUUACGGACAUCGUUAGUGAGAAGUGAUGGCUUGCUUUUUAAUGUUGGAACGAGAAAAUGUCUUGCUGUUGAAAAUGGCACAUUUUCAUUUGAAAUGUGUGACAUUCGUAAAAAGAACCAACAUUUUAGUCAUUCAUGGUUAAGACUAAUUAAACAGACAGACAUGUGCAUUGCUGUGUUGGAUGUGAAACAAGUGUUGGGAAUGAAACCCUGUGAUAAAAGAAACAAUAAUUUAAGGUGGCUGCAUCGGUCCUUCAUAGAUGAACCAACAUUGACAGAUCAUAUUCUUUGGGAGAUGUCUCAGUUUCCUGUGUGUUUAGAAGGAAAUCUAUUUGGAAACAUCUUAACAAUAAAUUCCUGUGAUCCAGUCAACAGUCACCAAAAAUGGAAAUUUACCAACUAUUAUGAAGAUUGAAGGAAGUAACAACAAUAAUAGUGUCACAAGCAUUUUCAAAGCAUUAUGAUUGAAACAGUAUCUGAUCGGAUGGAUACCAAGAUAAGUGAAUAUUAAACAAAGGACAUUGAGCCAUCUAAAUAAUAUGCAAAUAUCUUUUAAAGAGCAAAUAUUUUCAGGUUGGGUCCUGAGAGAACUGGAACAUAGGGGUUAAGUAAUACUCGGCUUCCAGCAGUGGCAAAUAGUUUUCUGCUCUAAUAGAAAAGUUAAACCUUAUUUUGGUUUAAUCUGCAAAGGUGGUGUAUUUUUCUACCUUGUUUUUUAGAAAACUGUGGAAAAUAAUUUAUUAUAACAAAAAAAUGUUAAUCUGUGAAUUAAUGUAAUUUGGACACGUUCCCUUUGUUGAGUGCCUUUAAAAGUAUUCUUUCAUAUUUAUAUAAAGGAGGGAAGUUUAACAGUUCAAAUCCAAACGACAAAAUGAUAAGAUUUGGUGAGAUGAUAAAAAAAAUUAAUAAAACAUAAGUAGUUUUAAUUGUAGGCUUUCAAGUUUUUAUUUCACUCAUUAUAACAAUUCUACUCACUAGUUUUUUUUAUUAAAUUAUUUUCUGUGUAAUUUUCUGACAACUUAGCUUGUAAAUGUUUUCUUUUAAACUAAGUUUCAGGUGCCUUGACCAAUAUAUUUCACAGUAGGUUUUCGCUAGAAUGGUUUGUUGAUCAAUUGCAAGUCUGCACACCUUGUAGAACCUGUAAUUCCAAAUUUGUAAUCACAUCCAUUUCAUAGACAGUCUGCAAUUAGCAGAAUGGCAACUGUGGCAAUAAAGAUCAAAAGUAAAAAUGGUAUAAGUUGCAAGAUACUGUGUAUGUUGUUCAAGAACAGUUCUCCAUAAGGUCAACA